AUGUGGACUGGGGUGGGAAGGUGGGUGCUGGAAGUGCUCUGGGAGCAGCAGUGGGCCAGAGGGCUGAAGCUGAGGCACGGCUUGGACUGCAUGUGCGGCCUGAGGGAGAACCGGCUCGCGGGACAGGAGGGACCUGAGACAUCAAGUGAAGAGGAGAAGGUGAUUCUGAAAGGGGUUCCAAUUGUAAUUUCAGCGGAAAUUCUAGAAUUGGCUGGGAAUGCAGCAAGGGACAACAAAAAGGCCCGGAUAGCCCCAAGACACAUCCUGCUGGCAGUUGCCAAUGAUGAGGAGCUCAAUCAGCUGCUAAAAGGAGUGACCAUCGCCAGUGGAGGCGUCCUGCCCAGAAUCCAUCCCGAACUGCUGGCCAAAAAGCGAGGGACCAAAGGCAAGUCAGAAACUAUCCUCUCCCCUCCCCCAGAGAAGAGAGGAAGGAAGGCAACGUCAGGCAAGAAGGGGGGCAAGAAAUCCAAGGCUGCCAAACCACGGACGUCCAAAAAGUCCAAACCAAAAGACAGUGAUAAAGAAGGUACUUCAAAUUCCACUUCUGAAGAUGGCCCAGGGGAUGGAUUCACCAUCCUGUCUUCUAAGAGCCUUGUUCUAGGGCAGAAGCUGUCGCUGACACAGAGUGACAUCAGCCAUAUUGGCUCCAUGAGAGUGGAAGGCAUCGUCCACCCAACCACAGCCGAAAUUGACCUCAAGGAAGAUAUAGGUAAGGCCUUGGAAAAGGCUGGGGGGAAGGAGUUCUUGGAAACAGUAAAGGAGCUUCGCAAAUCCCAAGGCCCCUUGGAAGUUGCUGAAGCUGCCGUCAGCCAAUCCAGUGGACUUGCAGCCAAAUUUGUCAUCCACUGUCACAUCCCUCAGUGGGGCUCCGACAAAUGUGAAGAGCAGCUGGAAGAGACCAUCAAAAACUGCCUGUCAGCAGCAGAGGACAAAAAGCUAAAGUCUGUGGCGUUCCCACCCUUCCCCAGCGGCAGGAACUGCUUCCCCAAACAGACGGCAGCCCAGGUGACCCUCAAAGCCAUCUCGGCCCACUUUGACGACUCGAGUGCAUCCUCACUGAAGAACGUCUACUUCUUGCUCUUCGACAGCGAGAGCAUCGGCAUCUAUGUGCAGGAGAUGGCCAAGCUCGACACCAAGUAGCUGCCCUGCGCCCAGCCGCACUUACCAACAGGAAUCAGAGGAGGAUCGCAGUCACAGGAGUGGGGUUUUAUUUUUUAAAAGGAGAGCAGAAGGGUGACGGCAGGGGAAUGGAAGGCGGCUAAAGGGAAGCGGGUAGCAGAGGCUGCAGGAGCAGGUCCUGCCCAGGAGCCCUCUGCAUUUUAUAUUCUCGUUAAAGAGCCUCAGUCCGUAAUUAACCAGGUCUCCACCAGGGGUUUCUUUCCAUGUGUUUUCUUCCUGUUGUUUUAGAACUUUUUUAAAAAACAGACUUCGUUUUAGAUUUAUAGCAUUGACUUUUACACACACAAAAAAAAAAUCCUUUCAAAAUUCUUAAAAUCUUUUGUUUCUCCUUUUGCAAGGGAAGAGGGCAUACAAGGGACUUGGGCUUUGUUGGCUGUACUCAGAGAGGAGAGAAGAAAAUGAGAAAGGCAUCCCACUGGUGCUUUGCUUUUCUGUCUAGUGCCCCCACCUCUACCCCUGUAAUAUCUGUACUACACCUCAAAAUGUUUGCUUCAGGCUUUUUUUGUUGUUGUUUGGUUUUUUUAAAGAAAAUGAAAGGAGAAAAUAAAAGAUCCAGUGUCUUUCUUA